GCGGGGUGUUUAGUGUCAUGGGUAUCGGCCCUUUUGCAUUACGAACCAGUUUCAUUGGGUUUCGGACACAACUGAUAAGGGAUUGUACCGCGGCUUGGUCAUCGUCCCGGCCCUGAGAUUGACCGUCGAGGUCUUCGUGUAGAAGCUACCUAGAUUGUUGCACUGGUGUUUGCAUCGUCAUGGGCAAAUUCGGUCUAUCCGUCUGUUGUCGCGCUGCUCGAGAACGACCAGGAAACCAAGGACAAUCCUUUGUACUGGUUAGAUAAUGGUCGCGUCUAAUGCCAGCCUUCGUACAAAAACUGGGUGCUUAACCUGUCGCGGACGACGCAAGAAAUGUGACGAACAAAGGCCACGAUGCGAGAAGUGUACCAAAUCCAAUCGAGAAUGUUGUUGGCCCGGGGAGGACGACUUGUUCGAUCGCCGCCAUAGUCGGGUGUCUAAAUCUCCUCGAUUGGAACCCAAGUCACCAAAGAACCAGUAUCCUCGAAGAACAUUGUCAGUAGCGGCAAGACUGACCACGGAAGUCGAGAUACAGCCCUUCUUUGUGUGCCGGGAAAUCAGCUUCGAGAGCGACAUUUUCAAUUCGACGUUGUUCCACUCUGACCUCGAGAUUGAUUGUAUGCGGCACUUUUUGGAUGGAUUCCUUCCUUUGCUUAUUCUGUCCAAUGCACACCCUGGCUUCUUCUCCGCCUACAUUCCCGAAACGGUGAACCUGUUGCUACAAUUCGAAGGAUUGCGAGAUGUAGCGUUGGCCUGUGGUGCAUCGCACAUGCACCAGGUCACCGGGAGUCCGCAGAUGAAGGAAGCCGGACUGAGUUAUUAUUCUCGUGCCGUUUCAAAGGUGUCCCAAGCUCUGAACAACAUCGACUGGAGUAGUGACGAUCAUGACCUUGCAGUAUUGAUCUCCGUCACAUUCUUGUAUCUCCACGGGGUAUUCACAAAGGACACUCACGGGGACAUAUCCAAGCAUGUAACAGGGGCUGUCCAACUCAUCAAUCUCCGCUGUAAGCAGUCGCAUAAACCACCUAUCGCACGACCAAUUCAUCGGAUCAUUUGGGAAAGUAUCCUUUAUCAGACAUUCCGACAAACGGCUCGUCGACCAUUUUCGUUUGGCUUUGAGCCUGACAUCGAAUUUUGUGCACGAGCGCAAGGCGUCCUGCAGUCACUCACCUUUCCGGACUCCUCACCAGCGGAAAAUAGUCCGGUCAUCGGGAUCCCGUUGGAUCUCCAGAAAUUGAUCAUUGAAAUAGUCCAGCGUUGCAAGAGGCCAUAUCCACCAAGCACGGAGGUGACGGUGAGACUUAGGCAUCAAAUGCAAAUGUGGGAGAAUACCCUUCUUGAAGCUGAACAUUGCACUGGAGGAAAACUGGAUGACAGCGAAUGUAACACUCCGGCUGGGAGAUCCCGAAUUUUCCACCGGCACUCGACAAGUCUGCAUAUACUUGCAGCUUCCCAGCUCUUGGAUUGGCUGUUGAGGAGUUUUCCUCCCGGCGUGUCGAGUUUCACCAAGACGAAGCUUCCAGCUCCUUGUGACUCGUGGCAAGUCAGAAAAGCGUUGCAAAUCAUGCGCUGUCCACAAAUUAGUGACGCUUGGGCACGGUGCUACCUUGGUUCAUGGCCAGCCUUGAUCUUCGGGUAUGCCGUUGAUCAGCCGGAGGACGUUGCCUUGAUACGGAGUGAUUUCAGGAGACGAUUCCACAACCUCUACUCUUCUGAGGAAAUGAUCCUCCUGGAUGAAUUGGAAUCUGUCUGGCGCCAGAGAGGGAUUGAGGCCUGAAUAGUGAAGGCAACCACUCUCGUGGGCCAGCGAUAUGUUGUUAUUGGGUUGCGGUUAGCGCAGGUGUUGUUGGUUGUUUCCCUUUCUCCAGGUCAGCAACAGUGUAACGGAAGGCUCAUCAUUGUCAAUAUCGAGGUCAUUAGGUGCUGGCAUCCACAUAGCGCUCGCAUUCAGUCGUACAUUGUCGCUGAAACUGCCUAGAAUCGAAGAUGGAAAAAGCAGGGCUUGUCUACCUACUCGCGGCACUUUACGCGAAACGCGUCGCAAGCAAAACAUGCCGCAUUAACACCACG